AUGGCGCCCUGUCUGGUCUCGGGGGCUCCUCCUACAUCAGCUACAGCUUGGGGGACCUCACAGAAGGCCAGCAUACCCAUGAUCGACUUGCUGGUGCAUCUGGCAGCCAAGAGCAAGGUGAGCCCUUCAGGGCACACUCUGCAGAUUCUGGACGAAGAAAAAGGCAAGAGUUUAGAUUACACCCCCAACCAGACCAUCGGUUCUUGGAUGCAUCACCGCUUUGUACCUUGUGCCAAGAAUGAACAAGAGCCAGACUGGCAACCCAAAGGAAACAUAAAGAUCACUCAGCGGUUCACCAUUAACCUACCAGGUGGACAGAAGACAGUGAUGCGGAUCAACCCAAACCUGACCCUAGAGCAGGUGCUUGUUAAAGUGUGCCAAGAAAAACACCUAGAGGCUCCGCGGUACACCUUUCAGCAUCUGAACAACCCAUUGACACCCUUAAAUAUGAAGAGUUCAGUUACGGAAUACAGGUUGACAGAGAUCAACCUUAUACCUGCUGGAAUGUCACCAGCUGCAGCAGAUUAUGCUCGAUCAAUGCCAGAUCUGUCAAAGGGAGGCACAUCGUAUGACUAUUCAAUGGCAUACAUGCCAGAGACUGGAGAGACAAAGAAAAAGCGGGGAUUACUGUCCUUCUUGAAGAAAGACAAGAAAUUCAAGCCGCCAACCAUUCAGCAUUCAGCUGAAGCACGGCUGAGCACCAGCCAGCAGAAGAGCAUGCCUCAAGCCCACAAGCCAACAACUCCACCUCCCGAGCGGCGUAGUAGAGGCAGUAAAGUGGAAACUCGUCCCAAGACAAUUCCAAAGCUAAACAGCAGACCCAAAAAUCAGCAGAAAAACUCAAACCAAUUCCUUCAACCAAGAAGAAGAAAGCUCCUCCCCCCUCCCACCAAAGUUUUGCAAGAAUCUUCUCCACCAUCUUCAGCAGCAGCUUCUGUCGUCACUUCUGCUGUCAUCAUUACCAACCAUUGUGCUACCCCAGUGUCAGAAGAGCAGUCUUAUGAUCAAGGAGAGCUUGAUUUACCUGAUAAAGUGAAAGCAUCUGCAGUCAUUGAAGAGCCAGAAAUCAAAGAGCAUCCAACACUGGACAGGGAGGAAGCAGAGGAACCAUUUUCUUUGGAAGACAUCUUAGAGGGUGUUGACUUGGAUGAUGAGUCUCCUUUCAAGGUCAUAGAUGAGCCAGAUGAACAGUGGGAUGAUGACGAGCAAGAGAAGCAGUUUAUGAUGGUUGAAACUGCAUCAGUGUUGAGUGAAGAUGUGGAGGUACCAGAAGACUUUAGGCUACGCCCAUGUGCAUUUAAUCCACCUCCCCCACCCUUGGAGCCUCCUCCGGAUUACAGUCCUUUGGAGUCCCGAAAGUUUGCUGACAAGAGUACUGUUGUUGGAGAGGAUAAUGCAUCCUUGGCACCUCUGAGCUUGAAGAGCUCACCAGUUGCUCCUCGUAGGCGCAGAGACAGUCAGACAAGCAUAGAUUCAGUUGAUACAGUAGAAGGGGUCAGUUUGGCCUUCCAAGAAAUUAUCUCAGCUGCAGAGGAGGCCAUGGCAGCAGAAGGGUGGAUGGAAGGUGACGGAGACUACAAGAACAAGAUGGCUGUAUUCAGUGAGAAGAAUAAGGCUGCUCAAGCAGAUGAAGAUCAGUUCUCCAAUAAUAUCAGUGGAUCGCCACAGGACACAGACAGUGUCUCGGAUAGUGGUUCAGUAAUUCAGCAUCAUGUUCCCAUACCGUUACCGGGGAAAUUCUUUUGAUUCACAGUCCAGCCAGAGUUCUUUUGGCCAGGCAAAUAAUUAUGGUGAAUCUGAAGAUUCAGUUACACCAGAGCCAGAUAACUCACAGUGUGCACACCAAAACUCAGUGCUUGAGAAUGAAUUUGCAAUGACUGAGGAGAUUGAAGCACCAGUUGAAACAGUGCCACCCCCUCUAGAAUUUCAAAACAGUGAGGAUACAGAAGAUGAAGAGGAGGUGGUGACAGUAACAGAGGAGUACAUAGUUCCAUUAACUUCAAAAGGCUUUGACUUUUCAGCAUCAGUCAAGAUUCCUGACCUGAAUGCUUCGAAAUGUUGAUGUUUUCCAAUCAAAGAUAGUUGAUUCAGCUAGCAGUAUCGGUGUGCAACCAAUACAGACAAUUGAUGUUGUAAACCCUACACCACCCCAGGCUGAAGAUAAAGCUACAAUUAAGAAACCUGUAAAGGAAAGUCCUCCUAAAGAGGAGUUUGUAUUGACAACAGAGGAUUUAAAAAAUGUAAGUCUUUUGCCUCUGAGACCUAAAUUGUAUUCGCAACCCAAAACUGGACGAAGUGUUGAGUACAAACAGCCAAGAGGAUCAUGGCUUACAGACAUUGUCCUAGAUGAACCCAGAGAACGCUCUCACGUACAUCUAGCCUAUGCAUCUGAACGCAGUCAACAGAAGCAGUCAAAGGUGGAUCUCCAUCUCUUGCCCCAAAACACAUAGUGGCUGACAGCAAAACCUCUUCCAGCUCUCAGCCUGUUGCCAAAGGUGACCAACCAUCAUUUGUCUUACCUUCUAUGAGAAUUAUUAGUGUCCUGGAGCCGCCGGGGUUCUCAGAUGACGAUGCGUCAUCUGAGAACACUGAUGACUACAGGUACCAAUCAACUGUUAAGCUGCUGAUGGAGAACCACAGCGAAGAUGUCAGCUCUCCAACAGAUGAUAGUUCUGAACGGCGCAGCAGCACCAGCAGCAGACACUUGUCGGAUGCUAGCAGCUCCUCAAUCAGUUCAGCUGUUGGGGAACUGCAAAGUGACCUGACUGAAGAAGAAAAGUACCAGCAGCUGCAGCAAAACUUAACACGUUGGCAACAACAGCUGCUGCACAAUCAGGUUUUGCUGGCCAACAGAGUGAUGGCAGUCUUUUGGUGGCAGACAGAAGCAACAAGCUACAGGCUAUACAGCUGGAGACUCAGUCACAGCAGCACAAGCCCCCAAAGAGCUUGCAGAAGGACCCCACUCCUUCACCACCCCAUCCGCCAUCACCACCAUCAGCACCCAAGCUGGUCAAAACAUGGGAAGCACCCAAACAGCAGAGGCCACCUGCAAAAAAGUUUGAACCACAGCUGGAUCCAAGAGAAGAGCUGAUGAUUGCAAUCAGAUCUUUCGGUGGACGUCAGGGAUUUACCCCAUCAAAGCUGGGCUCAGAUGCAUAACAACAGAAUUUAUUGUGAUGGAUUUAUAAUUGAAUUGGAGCUUCUGAUGUGCCUGAUGUUAGUGGGAAAAAGCUGUGAUGUGCUAAAUCCAUGUUGGAUUUAAAA